AUGGUAAGUGAUUGUUGGAAUGCACCGGUUACAGGAUCUCCUCCUUUUAUUUAUCGUUUCAAGCUCAAGAGGUUAAAAGCUGUUAUGAAGGAUUGGAAUUUACAUGUUUUUGGCAAUAUUUUUGCUAAGCUAAAACAAGCUGAAUUGACUAUGGAAGUGGCUCUUCGUAUUUCGGAUGAGGAUCCAGAGGAUAUAACUAAGCUGAAUUCGGCCAAGGAGGCUUCAGUUAUUCUUCAGGAAAUUCGUUCUCAUCAUGUUACUAUGCUAAAGCAAAAAUCACGUAAUAAAUGGCUUUUGGAGGGAGCUAGUAAUACUUCUUUCUUUCAUGCUAAUAUCAGAAUGCGCAGGAGUAGUAAUAUGAUUUCGGAGUUGGUGGAUGAUAAUGGGGCUGUUAUUACUGAUUGUGAUCAAAUUAGAGACUAUACGGUUUCUUUUUUUGAGUCAAAGUUUAAUGGUGAUGAGUUUCCUAUUGAUGAGGAGCUUUUUAAUUAUGAUCAUAACAUCAUCUCGGUGGAGGAUAGUCAGAAAAUGGAUGAAAUUCCUUCUAUGGAGGAGAUUAAGAAUGCUGUUUUUGAUUUGGGUGCGGAUAGUGCGCCAGGGCCGGAUGGUUUCUCUGGUUGUUUUUAUAGGCAUUGUUGGGACGUGGUGCAAUAUGACCUUGUCAGAGCUAUCACGUACUGUUGGCAGCGCCAAAUCAUUGCUCAUGGUGCUAAUUCUAGUCUUAUUAUUCUUCUUGCCAAGGGGAGGAACAUUCAUGAAAACAUUACUGUGGCGUCGGAGAUGAUCAAUGAUCUGAAAACAAAACGUAAGAAUGGCAAUUUGGGGUUGAAACUGGAUAUUACUCAAGCUUUUGACACGGUUAGUUGGUCAUUUGUUUUAGAGGUUUUUCGAAGGUAUGGUUUCUCUCAAAAUUGGUGUUCUUGGAUUUUGGCUAUUCUUAACUCAGCAAGGAUUUCUAUUCUUCUUAAUGGAAGUCCAGAGGGUUUCUUCAAAAUCAAUAGAGGUCUUCGGCAAGGCAAUAUGAAGAGUCUGCAUAACCUUCUUGCUUUGCUUGGUAAAUACCAAAGUGCCUCGGGCCAAACUGUCUGUCGUCAAAAGAGUAAGAUUUAUUAUGGUGGUGGUUCUUUGAGUCGCUGUGGGACUAUCACUAAUUUACUGGGUAUGGAAGUUACUACUUUUCCGGACAGGUAUUUGGGAGUUCAAAUUAUGCCUGGAGCAGUUAAGUAUCGUCACAUUUGUAAUGUGAUAGAGAAAAUUAAGAAUCAACUUUCGGUUUGGAAAGGUAAGUUACUUUCUUUUCAAGAUAGAGUUGUUCUUAUCAAUUCAGUGAUAGCGAGUUAUGCUAUCCACAACAUGGCGGUGUACAAAUGGCCUAGAAAAUUUGUUCAACAGGCUGAAAGAGUUAUUCGUAAUUUUCUUUGGUCGGGUGAUGCUGAUGUUGCAAGGAAAUUUGUUGUUGGAUAUCCAAAGGUUUGUUGUCCGUUGAAGGAAGGGGGUCUUGGUAUAACCAGCAUGGUUGUUACUAAUAAGGCUCUUCUAAUGAAGCUUUGGUGGAGUAUUCGUUCUUCUAACAAGAAAUGGGCUCGUUUCUUAUGGGCGAAAUUUACUACUAAGCAGGGUAGUAUAAAGCUUUAUGGGGUGAAUUCUUCUAUUUUGCCGGGCAUGAAACUGAUUCAUUCUAUUGUUGACAAGAAUACCAAGGUUCUAAUUGGGGACGGGAGGUCUACAUCUCUUUAUUUUGAUGUUUGGUAUGGUAAUGAGUGUAUUGCUGAUAUGCUUAAUGAAUCUGACUUGGACAGAAAUGUCAAGGUCAGUGAUAUUAUUGUUAAUAAUGCUUGGAUGAUGCAGGGAGAUCAUAUUCAGAAUUUGGUCCGUGCGGGUGUGGAUCUUUCAAAUUUGCCGUUGUUACAAGGAGGGAAUGAUUGUAGAGUUUGGAUGCCGGAGAUGAAUGGCCACUUUUCAGUCUCUUCAGCAAAGAAUAUCAUUAGAAGGGCCUAUCCAAAAUCAGCAAUUUAUGGUCUUUUGUGGAGGAAAGAAAUUCAUCCCAAAUUGGCUGCUCAGAAUUGGAAGAUAUGUCGUGAGGUUUGUGCAACUCAAGACAAGAUCAGGAGUAGAUUCAAAGUUGAAAUGGCCAACAAAUGUUACUUGUGCAACAUGGAGGAAGAAUCUUUGGAGCAUAUUAUUUGGAGUUGUACGUUUGCAACUCAUAUUUGGCAGUGGUGUUCAGGUUUGUUUAAUCUAACACCUUAUUAUGAUAUUGUGAAUUCAUAUAAAUCAGCAAAGGGUAGAAGUAUAAUUGUCAAGGAUUUAUGGCUUUUAGCUAUUUUGGUGAUUCGCUCGGAAUUAUGGCAAACAAGAAAUAUGGCAUGUUUUCAGAAUUCUUCUGUUAGCAUUCAUUUUUUUAAGAAGAGAGUGUUCUAUUUGAUUAGUGAAUCCGCUGGUCGUUUGAAGGGUUUCAUGCAUAAUACUACAAUGGACUUGGAUCUUUUGAACUUUUUCCGUGUGAUGCAUAGGAAGGUUAAGCAGGUUCAGCCAAUUGAGUGCUUUUGGAGUCCGCCAAAUAGGGAUGAAAUUUUAUUAUGUUGUGAUGGAGCAUCCAAAGGAAAUCCGGGUAUAGCUGGAGCUGGUGUUGUUCAGACAAGACGGCUAAAAGGGGAUGUUAUCUUCGUAAUGGUGAAGGUUUAA